ACGCCCGCAUUUUUUGUCACUUUUUUGUCGGUAAUUAGCUCGCUGUGGCAGUCGGUGAGAGAACCUUCCAAAGCGCCGGACUAAUUGUCGAUACGAACAUGGAAUACAAAAUAAUUUUAACUAUGUUUUUGAUCAGUCGCGUAACCGCAGUGUCAACAUUGCACAAAGAUAAUGAAUAUUACGAUCACACAGAAUCAGAAGAAUACUACGACUCAUCAUCAAAUGAUGAGCAAAGACUCUACGAUGAAGAAAAAACAUCAACUUUCACUGAUCAAACAGAGACACCUCAAUCUCAGUACGAAGUCACGGAAAUCAUAGACGACAUUGCUAAUACUGAAAACAUACUUGGUCCUAUUGUUACUAAUUUUACUUUAACUAAACCUUUGAAUAAUGCCACUAAUACUGAUAUUUUUACUGUUACUAGUGAUAUCGAUAAUCAGUCUACAAACAAUAAAGAAACAGUCAAUCAACUUAAAAAGAACUACAUAAGUAUUUUCCACGUCAAAGCUGAAUUUGAUAAUAAUAAUAAACAAGAAACUUCUCCACUAUGUAAGAGCGAUGCCACAUGA